CUAACUAUGUCUCUCACUCAGACUGUCGACACUGCUCCGAUCGCACCCAGUCUGAGCAUGGCUGGCACCCAGACUGAUGACGUGAAUCCACCAGCGCCGGCUCUUCGAAAGUCUGGCAUUACGACUGUGGAGACUUCUCCAGUGACACCUGUUCCGACCACGGCCGACACCCAGGCUGUUGGCACGGCUCCAUCCGCACCUGUUCUUUGCAUGUCUGAGAUCACGGCUGUUGAGACUACUCCCACGGCCCCAGUUCGGGCUACACUCACCCCCCGCAAGCAUCCCUCUAUGUCCGACUGGUUCCCCCAUAUCAUUGCCCUCUUGGCCCUCCUCUGCGCCUAUCUGUACUUGCAGGUCCGCGCCUGGAGCUACUGCAACACUUCCACCUACGGCCGCAGCCUGUAUGGCGCAUACGGCACUCCCAGCUACUUCCUUGGCGUCAUUCCAAUCGGCUGGAAUAUCGGAAGCACGCCGUUCAGCGAGAACAUUGCCAAGUUCGUCGCUGCCAAUUUCCAGCGUCUAGAGGAUUGGGUGGAGGUCAAUAGGACCAUGCCACACUAGAAUUACUCUCUCUCUCUCUCUAUGUUUGCUUGCAAAAUAUUUCCUCGAUUUUUUCACGGGUUCUGG